UUUCAACGGCCACGCCUCCAUUUCUUUCUAACCAAACGACAAAGCUCUUUCCCAGAAGGAAAAAGAGAGAAAAAAAAAAAAAAAACUGCUUCUUUUUCCUUCUUUCCCUUGAUUUUGAUUUUGAUUUUUUGAUUAAGUUCUCCUACUUUUUGAUCAAAUUCAUCGUUACAAUAAUCCGACAAGAAACCCCAUCUUGAAAUUUCCGUUGUUUCUUUGAUUAAUUCCUCGGUUUCUUAGCCGUUUUUGUGGUGUAAUUACAUCAUUUAUCGAUCAAAAACCUCCCUCCAGGUGUUUGAUGAUUUGCCCCAAUGGGGAUUUGAUUCUCAAACUGGGUUUUUCUUUUAUUUUUUGUUGGGCUUAUAAGGAGGAGAAUUUGAUUCCACUACGUAGCUUUUGGAUGGAUGAUUGAUGAUUGAUUGAUUCUGAAAUUACAGGGGAAAAUUUUUGAAGUGAAGGUAUGGUCUUGUUUAUUGAGAUUAUGUGAAGUUGUCCGUUGACCGUUUCUUUGAUACUGGCAUCUGAUCAUUUUGUUUGGUAUUAGAGGGUUGGUUAAUUGUUUGGGAGUUCUGAGAGUUUUGGGGUUUCUUCGUUCUGCUUAUAGCUUCUCAUUGUUGUGUGGUGGAAUUUGUAGGCAGUGGUGUAUUUGGAGACGGAUUUUGGUUCGGGAGACGAUUUUGUGUAUUUGGGGUGUUAUCGUCUUUGGCGGAAUCGCCCUCUCUAAGCCGGGAUGGAACAAUUCCGGCGCAUUGGAGAGGUAUUGGGAAGCUUAAAGGCUCUUAUGGUGUUGCAAGAUGAAACUCAAUUCAACCAGCGUCAAUGUUGUUUACUCCAUGAUAUGUUUAGUUUGGCUUUUGAUACAAUUGCUGGAGAGAUUAAGGAUAAUCUGAAGCUUGAAGAGAAGAACACCAAGUGGAAAGCGCUUGAACAGCCUUUGAGGGAAUUGCAUAGAGUUUUUAAAGAAGGGGAGCUUUACAUCAAGCAAUGCAUAGAUUCCAAAGACUGGUGGGCUAAAGUAAUCAGCUUCCAUCAGAACAAAGACUGCAUCGAGUUCCAUGUCCACAACUUGCUUUCCUGCUUUCCUGCUGUCAUUGAAGCGAUUGAGACAGCUGGAGAGAUAUCAGGGCUCGAUCAGGACGAGAUGCAGAAGAGAAGGCUUGUACUUAUGAGGAAAUAUGAUAUGCAAUGGAAUGACCUGAAACUGUUCCAUUGGAGAUUUGGGAAACAGUAUUUGGUUCCUCGAGAAAUACGUAAUCGGAUGCAAAGCAUUUCAAGAGAAGAUCGAUGGCUGCUAAUUGAAGCACUCAAGGAAAAGAUAAGUUCACCAGGAAAUGCUGGUUCAAAGAACGAGCAGCGGCUUGGUGAAUUGUUGAUAAAGAAAUUAAACUCGGAACCGCCAACGGUGAAGCUUUUCCCGAGUUCAAUUUUGUUCGGAACAAAGGAUUAUCAGGUGAGGAGACGGUUGGAUGGAGGGCAUUCUAAGGAAGUUCAAUGGUUUGGGGAGAACUUUGGUCUGAAACAGUUCACGGCGGAAACUGAACAAACAGAUUCUGAGGUUCAAAUUCUUUUAUCACUUUCACAUCCUAAUAUAUUGCAAUACCUCUGUGGGUUUUUGGAUGAGGAAAAGAAAGAGUACUUUCUUAUAACAGAUUUGAUGUCCAAGGAUCUUUCUUCCUACAUGAAGGAUAAUAAUGGAGCCAGGAGGAGAAUCUUGUUUCCUCUCCAUGUUACAGUUGAUAUCAUGCUUCAAAUUGCUAGAGGCAUGGAAUAUCUACACUCCCAAAUGAUCUAUCAUGGAGAUUUAAACCCUUCCAAUGUAUUUAUGAAGCCGAGGAACUCUUCAGAAGGCUCUUAUCUCGUAAAAGUUGCCGGUUUCGGUCUAUCAUCGAUCAAGGAUUCACCUCCUAGAAACUCAACAAACCAACUAGAAACCAACCCUUUUAUCUGGCAUGCUCCAGAAGUGAUGGCAGAGCAAGAACAAGGUCCAGGAACUGUUCCUUCUUUCAGGAAGACAGAGAAAGCAGAUGUCUACAGUUUUGGUAUGCUUUGUUUUGAGCUUUUGACCGGAAAGGUUCCAUUUGAAGAUGGUCAUUUACAAGGGGAGAAGAUGAGUCGCAAUAUCCGAGCAGGCGAGAGACCCCUCUUCCCAUUUCCGACUCCUAAAUAUCUGGUGAGUCUUACCAAAAGAUGCUGGCAUUCUGACCCUUCUCAGAGGUUAUCUUUCACUUCCAUUUGUCGAAUACUUCGCCAGGUGAAGAAAUUCCUUGCUAUGAACCCUGAAAGCAAUCAGCCCGAAUUGCAAACGCCUAUUGUCGAUUACUGCGACAUUGAAGCAGGAGUUGCAAGGAGAUUCUCCUCAGAUGGGGUUGGUGAUUUAUGUUCAGUUUCACAAAUUCCAUUCCAAAUGUUUGCUUAUAGACUUGCUGAGAAGGAGAAGACAAAUCCAAACAAAAUCAAAACUUGGGAUUCUGCAAGUGAUGUGGUUUCCAUUAGCAAGGAUGAUUGUGCCUCCAUUUAUAGAGAUGAUACUGCUUCUGUAGUAGAAGAUCCAUUCACUAUCCCUGCAAGUGAUACUAGAUCCCUUUAUUCUGAUAUGAGAUCUGUUUAUUCUGAAGCUCCACCCAAGAAAAUGCCAACUACAAAGAAACUUCCAGACACAAAGAUCAAAAAAGGCACAGGGAUCUUAGAAACAAAAACACGAAUGACUACACGAACACCCUCACGAAUGCCUUCACGAUCAACUUCACGACCUCGAGUAUUGAAGACGAACAGAGAUAUCCCGUUACCAUUUUCUAGCCCUCUGAGUAAGGGAAGAAGGAGACCGAAUGGUCAUGUCUCGGACUCGGAAAUUCACUAGCUUUUGCUUGCUUCUUAGAUGGAAGCCUUUUUGUAGAGCUUUGCUUCUGCAUUGUUGUAAAAUUUCUGACAUCGUUCAAGUUAUGCAGAUCAGAUACUUCAUUUGUUUUUCUUUCCUUUUACAGAAAUAGUCUUAGAAACAAUUUCAUGUUAGCUUCUUGUAAUUAAGCUCUUGUAGUUUCUGGACAUCUCAGAAAGAAUAGCAGAUCCUGGUUUUCCCCCCUUCUAUUUAUAUUUUGUCUAUUCUUUCC